AGCCUCCGCACAUGCACUGUAACGCGCAGACGCAGAGGCGGUUUGGAAAGCUGCUCCCAGCGAGCACGCUCGCUCUUUGCCGGCAAUACUCGCAGGGCUGCAGGAAGGGAGGACUCGGCGCGGACGUCUGUGCUGUCCUCCGGCUCUCCGGUCCCCUCAAGGAGCAGUAUGCCCAGGAACACGGCCUGAACUUCCAGAGACUCCUGGAUGCCAGCGCCUACAAGGAGGCCUAUCGGCGGGACAUGAUCCUCUGGGGAGAGGCGCAGCGCCAGGCCGACCCGGGCUUCUUCUGCAGGAAGGUCGUGGAGGGCGUCUGCCAGCCGGUCUGGCUGGUGAGUGACACACGGAGGCUGUCUGAUAUCCAGUGGUUCCAGGAGGCCUAUGGGGCUGUGACGCAGACAGUCCGCGUGGUGGCCUCGGAGCAGAGCCGACAGCAGCGGGGCUGGGUGUUCACACCAGGAGUGGACGAUGGCGAGUCCGAAUGCGGCCUGGACAACUUUGGGGUCUUCGACUGGGUCAUCGAGAACGACGGAGACGAGCAGCGCCUGGAGGAGCAGUUGGGGAACCUGAUAGAAUUCGUCCGCUCCAGACUUUAGUUAUUUCUAGGAGCACAGAAGCUGCCGGGUGAGGGUGGGGCUCCUCUGCCAGACGUGGUCGCUGAUGCUGGCCAAGCGGAGAGCACACGGAGGGUCUGGGCCCAGCAGAGGUCAGACAGGACAAGAAACCUCCAGGAACUAUAACUUUUCUUUAAUACAUUUUAUUGAUUUCAGAGAGGAAGGGAGAGGGAAAGA